AUGAACCACAACUACACAGAUCCAGAUAUUGAUGAUUUUAUAAUCCCUGACGAGGAACCCGUUAACAAUUCCUACCAUCAAUCAUCACAACCACCGCCACCACCAACUAAUACUUCAACUAAUUCAAACACAGGGUUUCUUCCAUGGACAAAAGUUGAUUUAUCUUCAACUUUCACUCCCUUUACUUCAUCAAAAGCGUUUACUGAUAAUAAUACCGUAAGAGAACAUCAAUAUAGUGGUGGAGAUACUUUGGAUGAGCCAGUAUUGACCACAUUAUCUCGAGAUUUACUCAGAAUUUGGAAAAGACUUACCAUAGUGAUUUGGCCCCACCAAUUAGCUAAGUUAGCUAGCAAACAACAAGGGAUUUUAAUUGAUUUCGCCAAUUCUAAUGGUAUAAAUCUUCCUGAAUCUAUCAGAAAUCGUAGAAUCAGUGUAUCAAAUAAUGAUGAAGAUGAAGCUCAAAGUACAAUUGAUUUCAAUAAUUUGGAUUGGGAUCUUUGGGGACCUUUAAUUUUCUCCCUUUUCUAUUCUGUAGUAUUAGGAAUGUCAUCAAAGACCAAUACCAACUCAGUGUUUUCUGGGAGCUUUUCAUUUAUUUGGAUAUUCUUCAUAGUUAUUGGUUUGAAUAUCCAAUUAUUAGGAGGUAAUAUCUCCUUCAUGUCUGCCAUUAGUGCUGUAGGAUACUCCAUGUUCCCAUUGACUGUAGGAGAAUUGAUAUGUUCAUUGUUUAUAGGAUGGAAGUUCUUAAGAUUAAUCAUAAUGGCAGUCUUAUGUAUAUGGAGUAUUUAUUCAGGAGUAUUAAGUUUAAAAUGUUCAGGAGUUCUUCCUGGUAGAGUUCUUCUUGCAGUUUAUCCUGUAGGUUUGAUGUACCUGGUAUUAUCGUGGUUAUCAGUGAUUACAUAA